ACAAAUUAUAUGUGUCAAAAAAAAUCCCUAAUUAGUUUUGUGUUUGCGUCGCCUGCUGCCUUCCGACGUCGUCUCUCUCAAUCCAAUCACCGUCGUCGUCUCCCUCUGCCAUCCACCACUCCCAGACCUCAACCGUCGUCUCCCUCCGCCAUCCACCACUCCCAGAUCUCAGCCGUCGUCUCCCUCUGCCAUCCACCACUCCCAGCCCUCAGACCUCAGCCGUAUACGAUUUUCGGCCGCCGAAUCACUCGAACAAUCCAACAGAUCAUCGUCAUUUUCUCCCUCCGCCAUCCACCGCUCGCAUUUGAUUUCCCACCGUCGAAUCACUCGAACAAUCCAACCGCUCGCAGACAUCCUCUGUCGAGUUCUUCAUACCACCUCGUCUGCCUAUUGAAUUAUCACCCUCCGUCGUCUUCCUCCAAGAGAUUUUUGCUAUCGCUCAGCAAGGUAAUUCCGUCCCAACCGUAUAUAUUUACCUUUUAUAUAAUAUAGUGCUUCUUUUAACUACUUACAAAAUAAUUAUUUUGAAAUGCAACAUCACUAUGUAUGUACUACAUACAUAAAAUUUCCAUAUUUCUCUGAAGAAGUAGAUAGGACUUUAUUCUUGUUCAUCUUAAAAAGACAGCAACUAUUCAAGUGGCAGGUCUGAGAUACAAGGGAAUAUAGUUUCUGGGUGUAAGCUUGUUUCCAAAUUUACUUAUUAUAUGUCUGAUUGCAAGUAGCUAUUUUGUCUGAGAUACAAAGUCUUCAAGUGAGGGAAAAAAGAACUUAAUGGAACACAAUAAGGGAACCAUCAAAGAGAUACAACAGAGAGGGGAAAAAUCCAUACAACAACAAAACACUCCAAAAAACAAAUUUCCAAGAGCGAGUCUGAUUAUUCAGCCUGAAUAACCAAAUCCAACAUACAAAAAGAAAAAGAACUUUCCAAGAAGAGAGCCUGAUUAUUCACACCAAGUAAAUACUUCCACACUGCAAGAGAAAAACGAAAGAAGGUCGGUAAAGAAGAAGAUUAUGCUGAAGAGCGAGCGAGAAUGGCUGCUCGUAUCUAGAACUGGAAGCAGAAUUAAUGAAGCAUAAGAAGGUUCCUGAAGUGGCCACAAAGGGAGAAACUGACGAGAGCAAGAUCAAGAGUCAAAUGGCUUCUAAAAGCAUUGACACAUCAGAUGAUGCAAAUGACCAUGACGCAAAAGAAGAAAAUAGACAAGUUCUAGAAGACUUAACAAUAGAAAAACAAGAUAAGGUUGGUGAGGAGAACAAAUAUGUUUGUGCAUCGAUUGAAACUUUGACAAAAGUGAAGGAUGGCACUUCUUGUCGACUUGCAAUUGGGACUAAGGACAAUGUUGUCGGUGCUGGAACUAUUUUCGACUACUACAUGGACGGUAACAACGUGAAGGUAUCAGUGGACAUGGUUACCGAUGGUAAUUGCUUCAUUCCUGUUCCAACAAGGGAAGGUAGGACUAUGCUUUCCCAAGAAGUUGGUUCACAGUUGUUAUGGCCUCGUCAUUUAGUCAUUCCCCUAGACGAAAAGAUGAAAAGCGUGUACCAAGCUGAUCCGCGAUUACCGUCGUUGACACUGAAUACAAAGAGAGCACCAGUUACACUACGAUUAUUGCUAUGGGAACUUGAUUAUAUUGGAUCAAAAAUUCAAAUUCACGUACCUGCUAAAGUUUUUGGGUAUGAACGAAAAUAUUGCAUAUUCCUCGAGGCACUCCAAGAAUUUUGUCAAAUGCAGCCUAUAUCAACCCAAUGCAUUGAUGCAUUCAUGUUUCACCUCUACAAAGUGAUGGAAGAGAAUGGAACAUUGGGAUCCUACAAGUUUGCAGACGCUGGCUCUGUUUCAGUUGGUAUAUGUAAAGAAGAUCGAGCACAGAUCCUGAAUGCUAGAUUGCUUGGGACCGACCAUCGUCAGAUUUUGAUGUUUCCAUACAAUUCAGGAAACCAUUGGUGUCUAAUAGCCAUCGAUUUUUCAAGAGGCACUGCAUAUUGGAUGGAUCCUUUGAGAAAUCGAAUUAACAAUGAUGCCUCUGAUGUCGUCCGGAUGGCUUUCAACAUUUCGAACAAGAAUAAGCCUGUUUAGAGGAUAAUCAAGUGUCCGAAGCAAGGUGGCAUUGUGGAGUGCGGGUAUUAUGUGAUGCGAUUCAUGCGUGAUAUAAUAUUGUCAAGCAACAGGACAAUCAUUGAAGUAAUGGAAGGAUCAACCUCAACAUACUCACAGAACGAUUUAGAUGUCGUAAGAACGGAGUGGGCUGCAUUCGUUAACAAAUAUAUUUUCUGUUCCCAAUCUCAAAGGUAAUUGAAGAAUAGAUGGAUCAUGGUAUCGAUCAAGUUCAUUCCUACAUUAGUUUGAUUAGAUUAGGUCGUACAUAUAUUACAGUUAAUUUAUCUUUUGGAUUAUUGGUAAACCUUUACCGACAAUGUAAUUUACAUUUUUUAUUAUCAAUAUAAAUAUUUUUCCAAACAAA